AUGAAAAAGAUUUUAAUAAUUAAAAACAAUAUUCUUAUUUUAUUAAUAAAUGCUUGCUAUUUGUCUCAGACAGCAUGUUUUAUUCUUUCAGAAGAAAUUAAUGCUCAACACUCUUUUGUUAUUACUUCGCGAUAUAAUGGAUUUCAACAUGAUCCUUGCAAAGUUUUUGAAGAAAAUGAAAACAGCAAUAAAUUGAGAAUAGACCAUAUUACCACUAUGCUGUAAAACUCAAUAAGAAGAUUGUCUCCUUCUUAUGAAGAGAAAUUAGAGUUAAGUAUUUUGGUAUGGUCUGAUAAUUAAUAACUACUUGAUGAAUUUGAAAAAAGAGCUAUUGAAGGAGAUUAUCUUUACAAAGAAGAAAAAGAAAUUUAGAUUUCGAAAUGUCAAUUAAAAAAAAAAUAUUCUUUUCGCUCUUUUUCUUUUAAUUCGGGGAAAUUAACUAAUAUUGAUUCUCUUAAUCAAUUGAAUUUACUCUUUGGGGAAAGUGGAUUAUUCAGUUAGUUUAAUUAUGGAUCUCUCUAUUUAGGAUUCUAAAAAUUUAAAGUAACUGCUAAAAUGUGCCAUAACUCUUGUUAAUAAUGCAUAGGAGGCGAUUCUGAUGACAUGUGUACUGAGUGCGCAUCUAAUUUUGAACUAGUAAAAGGAAAAUGUUAACUCAAAUAAAUGUUUAAAAGUGUUAGAUUAGAAGAAGAUUUAAAAGAUAACUCAAAAAAAAUAAAUAAUGUUAACCAAAAUUUUACCUUUCUAACUAAAUGCUAUAAUGGGUGCAUUUCAUGUAAUUAUAGUACUGGAAUAUGUAAAGAUACUAUUAAAGGAAAAACAAUUAUAGAAUAGCUAGUAAAAAAUCAGUUCAGUAAAAAGUUAUCUUGA